AUGGGGCUCUGCAGGGUCUCUGCCCCUUGCUCUGCCCUCCUCUUCCUGGCAUUUCUCCAUCUGAGGAUCCAGGCCAAGCCUUCCUCCCAGAAACAGCCGCUGCUUUUCAUACGCAUUUUGCAGGAUUUUGGUUUCGUUGCUGUUUUUUCAACCCAUGACUUUGGUGCUUUUCUGACAUUACAGGGAUGUGCAAAUCUCGCCCACAAGGAAGCCCUCCGGAGAUGUUGCCUCCAGUGCCCUCCAGGUUACCGCCCAAAGACCGCAUGUCCCUUGGAUUUGGACAGAGACUGCGCAAAGAUACCUUGUGAGCCGGAAUAUUACCUGAACCAGCAACUUGUGAGGCCACGGUGUGAGGCGUGCGUGAAAUGCACAACCGAGCGGCACUUGCUGGAAAGAUCUGCUUGCACCCAGGACACCGGCCGGGUUUGCGAGUGCGAAUCUGGACGGUUUUGCCAAACGCCGGUGGCGAACUCAUGCGCCCGGUGCACGCCCCAUCGCUCCUGCAAACCGGGCUUUGGGGUCAGGACUAAAGGGACGGCGGAGAAUGACACCGAGUGCGAGGAAUGCCCUCCAGGGACAUUCUCCAACGAGGAUUCGAGCAUCCAACCCUGCAAUACCCACACCAACUGUACAAGACUAAACAAGAUUUCUGUUCGCAAAGGAAACGCCACUCAUGAUGAACGGUGCGCCAACCAGCCGUCUGUGAACAUAGCGGGCAUUUCCUUGGGCACUUCACCUCUUGAAUCCCUUGGCAAUAUAAUCAAGGAAGCUGUGGACACGCUGGACUCCGGACACUUGUUUGGCGAUGGCGCCACGACCGUUAGGAAACCGACAGAUGCACUGAACGCCAGCCUUUUCGACAUAACCAUAGAGAAGACUUGGAGAAGAGGUGAGCACGAUUUCACCCUCCUGGGAGUCCUCUUCCUUUUGGGACUGAUGCUUUGCGCCUGUGCGGUGAUGCUCUGGCGAAGGAGAGCUUGCCACAAGUGGACUGUCCCCUACAAAGUGAAAUUAUCUAAGAGGGCAAAGAUAUGUGCGAAGCAGAUGAAUAUGCUGAGCUCUGCAGAGAACCAUCAGAGAGAAAGAGAAACAAUGAAUAUCCAGCUUCUCACAGAAGAAUGCAAUGGCAGUUCACUCUUAGAAAUGGAGGAACCCCUCGAACUCGAUCCUGUAGGAACCGACCCGGUCCAGGCGGAUGGAGGAGUAUCGGGAGAGUCUCCUCCGCAAUGCACAAAUUGCAUCGAAAAAAUAUACAUCAUGAGAGCGGACACGGUGAUCGUCGGGUCCGUUUCGGAAGUGCCUUCUGGGAAGAAUUGCGCCGUGAGAGAUGAAGACGGAAGCUCUGGGAUGCAAAAAGAUGUAGAGGAGAAGGAAGUGACCAUACACUUCCCAGAACAGGAAACGGAAUUGUGUCUGGGAAGUGACAUCACAACGCCGGUGGAGGAAGAAUGGGAAUUCCACUACUCUGCGGAGGAGACUUUGGUCAUCUAGGAAGGAUGCUAUAGCAUCUAGGAA